ACCCUAAAUGUGUGAUUUUUACAUCACAAAUUAUUUCUUAACAUCAAACCGGCAUCAUCAUGGAAGAAAUCGGAUUAACACUUCCAGAAAAAGAGGACUCUGGGCUUACAGAAUCAAGACCAGGGACUGCUCCCACCACACACGUGGAUCCACUUGGAGUGGACAUUGAGGACCUGUAUGUGAAGUACAAGAAACUUCAGCGACAGCUCGAGUUCCUGGAGGUGCAAGAGGAGUACAUCAAGGAUGAACAAAAGAACCUGAAGAAGGAGUACCUGCAUGCACAGGAGGAGGUGAAGAGGAUCCAGAGUGUGCCCCUCGUCAUCGGCCAGUUCCUGGAAGCGGUGGACCAGAACACUGGCAUCGUGGGCUCCACUACAGGUUCCAACUACUAUGUGCGUAUCCUGUCCACAAUCGACCGAGAGCUGCUGAAACCGUCAGCCAGCGUGGCUCUUCACAAACACAGUAACGCCCUGGUGGACGUGCUGCCCCCAGAGGCUGAUAGCAGCAUCACCAUGCUUGGUGCAGACGAGAAGCCAGAUGUGGCGUAUGUAGACAUUGGAGGCAUGGACAUCCAGAAACAGGAAGUGAGAGAGGCCGUGGAGCUACCCCUCACGCAUUUUGACCUCUACAAGCAGAUCGGUAUUGACCCUCCGCGUGGCGUCCUCAUGUACGGCCCUCCUGGCUGUGGGAAGACCAUGCUAGCCAAAGCUGUAGCCCACCAUACAACCGCUGCUUUCAUUCGUGUGGUGGGUUCUGAGUUCGUACAAAAGUACCUUGGUGAGGGACCUCGCAUGGUGCGUGAUGUGUUCAGAUUGGCAAAAGAAAACGCUCCGGCCAUCAUAUUUAUAGAUGAAAUUGAUGCCAUAGCAACAAAGCGAUUUGAUGCUCAAACUGGAGCUGACAGAGAAGUGCAGAGAAUUCUCCUGGAGCUUCUGAACCAGAUGGAUGGCUUCGAUCAAACUGUUAAUGUAAAGGUGAUCAUGGCCACUAACCGGCAUGACACACUGGACCCUGCCCUGCUCCGGCCCGGCCGCUUGGACCGCAAGAUUGAGUUCCCUCUGCCAGACAGGCGUCAGAAGCGUCUCAUAUUCUCCACUAUCACAGGCAAGAUGAACCUCAGUGAAGAAGUCGAUCUCGAGGAUUAUGUCGCCCGUCCGGAUAAGAUCAGUGGGGCGGACAUAAACGCCAUCUGUCAGGAGGCUGGCAUGCAGGCAGUAAGAGAAAACCGGUAUGUGGUGCUGGCCAAGGACUUUGAGAAGGGCUACAAGAAUAACAUCAAGAAGGAUGAAACAGAGCACGAGUUCUACAAGUAGCCACUGAUCCCACUCCAGGGACCAGAAAUCUGUGAAAGCGACUGUGGUUCAUUGACAUUUCAAUGUAUAUUAAUUGUAUUAUAUAUAUGUGCUAGGCUGAGUUGUGGAUCCUAAUAAACUUAAAUUUCCAUAAUAAACUUAAAUUUCCAUGAAAAACUUAGUUACCCAGAUGGUUUUCUUUAGCAAGAAUAUUCAUAUAUUUUCUGGUACACUUAAGUUGUCAUAUAAUAUAUUAAAAUGGAAAGAUGAAACAAUUUUUUUUUCAUUUUAUGGUUUAAAAAACAGUUUCAGAAUUGCAUUUCAACAUUUACAUAAUGUAAUUUGUAUGUUCCUAUGUUUCAGAGAAUACAUUUAAUUCUCAUAA